AUGAUGCCGCGAGAGAGCACCCGCGGGAGGCUGCGUUCCCAUGAGGCUUGUCUAAAUUGCAGAAGAAAGAAGACCCGAUGUCCGGCCGAGAAACCGUCCUGCUCAAGCUGUGUUCGCCUGAACCAGCCAUGCCUUUACACAAUACCUAGAGGGUCUCGCGGAGGGCAAUCUGACGACAGACUAGCAUUCCUGGAAGAGAAGGUAAACCUCAUCCUGAGUGGUAGACCAGGUCAAACGCUUCAGUCGGAGAAGCCACAGGAGUCCGGAAAUGGAAUCACAGGAACAUCAUACCCUGCCACAACACGUCCACUAUCCAUUGAACCGAGCACAGUCAAUGACUCAUUCUUCCUCGGGUUUGACUACGAGGAUUCGAGCUCGCAGCCGUCAUCAUCUGCCAUCGCCAAAGCUAUUGAUCUUUACUUCCAGUAUUGCCAUCGACAACCGAUUUGGUGUUUUGAUCGCGAAGAUGUCUCAGACCCAAGUUAUCUGCCAGAAGAGCUCGUUUGUUGCCUCCUCGCCUUGACUUCACGGUUCUCAAGAGAUUGUGACCAUUUACAGCAUUAUGGAGACAGUGCAAGGAGCCUAGUCAUGCUUCGUAUGGCCAACGGUACAGUGGAGCUAGGGACUAUCGAGUGUCUCUGUCUGCUCUCAUAUUCCUCAUUUCUAGAUGGAGAUAUACACCUCGGUCGCUUCUAUCUCGGCCUUGGUCUACAUCUUUGCCGGUCAGCAACGCUGGAUCUCGAAUCAAGUCAUGCCGGCGAAGGUCCUAUGACCGAGCGCAAGAAGCGCCUUUUCUGGAGUCUUCAAUCUCUGGAGCAGUCUUACGGGCAGCAGAAUGGGUUUCUCUGUAUACCAUCAGAGGUAAUGCGAACCUUCUAUAUUGUCUCUAGUAGCGACCGGGCGAAACAAGAUGGCACGGAGGCCAAACCCCCUCCGCUGCCGACGGAUGAUCUUGGUUGUGAGAAAUCAUCUGAUAUAGGUAUUUGGAGCCUAGCGGCCCACUUUGGUUGGGUCUGGAGCAGGGUGAGGACAUAUGUCUCUGAUUGCGCUCGUAAUAGGCUCAAAGAACCCUGGCGACACGAUUCCAUGUACUCCAUGGUGCUCUCCGACCUUACAGAAAUUGAGAACAAGCUUUCCCAGUGUCAUCGAUAUGACACGGUCAAAUUCUUCGAGCGAACGGCAGAGGAGCUGAGAUCAAACCGAAACUACUGGACCCCGUGGCUCAAACUGCAGUUCACUUACCAUAGCAUCUUAACUGUUCUGAACCAUCCCUUCCUCUACAUUGUGGCAUCACAAGACAACGAUAAUCUAGCAAUCCCAAACGCUUUCUGGAGACGGUCAUCCGAGUUGGUCCUGCUACAUGCUACCUGGCUUGUCCGCAUGAUAGACAUGGUGUCUGAGAAGAAGAUGCGACUGAUCGAUCCAUUCUUCGGACAUGCUGCCGCCAUUGCAGCUACGGUGCACCUGUACUACUGUUGUGCUGCGGACCCCCGACUGAAGUACAAAUCCAAAGUUGAUUUCACAAAAUGUCGAAGGUUCCUGAAGAGUUUUGUGUCCUUUUCGCCUGCAUGUGGAGUCUUGGAUCAAACGCUGGACAAGAUGACUCGAAUUGCCUCCGGUUCAGAGAACAUCGAUUAUGAUUGGGAGCCUGAGAAGAUUCAUCUCAGCAUACCUCUGAUGUGGGAUGUUCUUCAAGUCAACUGUAAACCCGAACCGCACGAAGUGUCGACGGGUGGCUUGCUACAUCCAUCAUUGAGUCCAACCGUCUCUACAGAAGAGGCGGAGGACAGCCCAGCAUCGACUUUAGAGGUUAUUGUUGCAAUGUCCCCGAAUGUAACCGUUAACACUGCGGAUGGUGGCCAAGCUGCGCAUAUUCCACCAACCAUGCCGCGCAUAUCUUCCACGCCAGCUUCUUCCGACCUGGAUCUCGGUGAGAAGCUCGUUGCGCCACCCGACAGUUUAAUGACCAAUACCCCCUGGUUAUGGACAGAUCCUUCGCAAUUUGUUGAUAUGGAGAACAAUGUGGGAUACCCAGAUUCCGAAUCCGCUCUCGGGAACAUUGACGGAUUCUCGACUUGGUGGGAUUUUGGAAACUUAUAG